AUCAGGACAAGUGGUUUGAGGUUCUGCUAAACUUGGAGGAAGUUGCAUUCAUCGAACAUCAAGCAAAGACGCAUGGUGUUUAACUACUGGCGACCACUAGCAGAAUUAAAACAUGAGCAAGUUUUCCUGGCUGAAAUACUUGGCUCUUGCCGCUGCACUAUUGGGUGCAACUGUUGACGUCCAAGGACAAGUAAUACCCGAUUCGAAUCAGACUACCACGAAAAUUGACGCACCACCCAAAAACUCCAGCACAGCUCCAACAGCAAUGUCCCCGGUGCCCAUUGAAACCUUAAAUCACUCACCACACACACUCUUCAGCACGGCUCCAUCAACAGUGACUACUGCUCAUACUGCAGGUUCAACAGAUCACUCAUCACGCACAUCCUCCAGCACGUCUCCAAAAUCAGUGACGACUACACUCCCAGCAGCAGAUCACUCACCACGCACACUCUUCAGCACGGCUCCAUCAACAGUGACUACUGCUCAUACUGCAGGUUCAAAUCACGCAUCACUCACACCCUCCAGCACGGCUCCAACAUCAGUGACUACUGCACACCCCACAGUUCACGCACCACCCAUAAACUCCAGCACGGCUCCAACAGCAAUGACUGCGGCACCCACUGAAGGCUUAACAGAUCACUCAUUACUCACACGCUCUAGCACAGCUCCAUCAGCAGUGACUACCGUACACGCUGCAGGUUCAAAUCACUCAUCACUCACAACCUCCAGCACUGCUCCGUCAACAGUGACUACUACACACGCAGCAGGUUCAACAGAUCACUCAUCACUCACAACCUCCAGCACUGCUCCAUCAACAGUGACUACUACUUACGCAGCAGGUUCAACAGAUAACUCAUCACUCACACUCCACAGCAUGGCUCCAUCAACAGUGAAUUCUUCUUUCACACCAGACGUUAAUGAAACAGCACCCAGAAACUCCAGCACGGCACCUCUAUCCAAAAGCAUUGCACCAACUUCACACAAUGCAUCAUUCACCAAAUCCAACACCACGCCAGAAACAGUGACUUCUGCAGUCUCAGAUAAUCAAUCAACAGCAAAAGACACAACUGACACAACCACAAGCUCCCCUACAGCAACAGGCACCGCAGUCUCAACUACCCCAGCUGGAGAUAAGGAUUGUGAGAAUGCUUCAGUUACUAUUGAAGCAUGGAAUGUCACAAGUAACAGUGUCACCCUGACCAUUACUUACAACCUCAGUGAAGAUCAGAGCAUCAUAAUUAAGAAUAAAAUGUUUGAAUUGCCUGGAAAUAACAGCAAGGUCACUGUUGUCUUAGAGGGAUUAGAACCCUGCAAGAGUUAUGAACUCAGUGGGACCCUCAAUGGGACUCUCAGUGAGAAGUGUCACCUUUCUAUUAAACCAAUAAACAUCAUAACACAUCCGCCUAAUGAAAAAUUCACCAUAAAAACAGAGAAUCAAACUGAAGAUGCAAUUCAUUUUACUCUGGUCAAACCUGCAUCUACGUCUGAGUGCAAUUUCACGUAUAAUUGGAGCUGCAAUUCAUUGCAAGAAAAUGCAACAAUGGACAGUGUAAGAAUUUAUAAUUGGAGUGCCUGUAAGCUAUACAAUUGCUCUGUUAGCAUUGAACAAACAUCAACAAAAUGGAGGAAGACUGUAAUGGCGAGUGAAACACUACAAUACAAAGAACCUAAUAAACCAAAAAUUCUCAACACACUGCCUUCAAAUGUGAGCAUUACCGUGGAGUGGACAAUUAAUGUUACCAAACUAAAACCAGUAACAUCUAUUAAUCUGUCUUGCAGACUUAAGGACAGUAAAGAAAAUGGAACCUGGCAGUCAAACAAGGAUCACCACAAUCAGAAACACAAUUUCUGGAAAAAUGUAACUCGAGAAGAUACCAUAGAACAAUUUUCACAAACAUGCAAAGGCCUGCGUCCAUAUACAAAUUAUGAAGUAAUCGUUACAGCCAACAAUAAAGAUUGCAAAAAUGAAAAUAAAUUAAAUUCAAGAACUGCACAUGUUAUGACCAAUGCAAGUGAACCAAAAACUCCUGAGAUAAAAGAGGUCAAAUUUCUAGCAAAUAAUAAGAUUGAACUUUCCUGUAAUGAAUUAAAACGCGAUGAAUAUAAUGGAAAAGAUAUACAAUAUUGCGCCACAAUUCGUGAUACAAACGGUAAAAGUGAAAGCACAGUAAAAAAUAAAAAGUGUCACUUUGUCUUUGAAGACUUGAAAUACCUGACAAAAUUUGAACUAAAGUUAGUUGCCGAUAAUUAUCAAUUUCAAUCAAAGAGUGCAGUCUAUACUAUCACAACUAAAUAUAAUGAUAAGGCAUUAAUUGGAUUCCUGGUCUUCCUGAUCAUUGCAACCUCACUUGCUCUGGCUUUUGUGCUCUACAAGAUAUAUAUUUUGCAGAGAAAAUCUUCAAGAAAUUCUGAAGAGUUUGUGGAACUUAUCGAACACGAUGAUGAAAAACAACUACUCAAUGUGGAGCCCAUUGCCGCUGAGCAACUGAUUGACGAAUACAAGAGAAAGAAGGCCGAUGAAUCAAGAUUAUUUUUAGCCGAAUUCCAAAGCAUUCCAAGGGUUUUCAGCAAAUUUUCUGUCAAGGAGGCACGGCGGGGAUGUAAUACGAACAAAAACCGAUAUGUUGACAUCCUGCCAUAUGAUCACAACCGUGUUCAACUUUCGGCAGUGCCCGGAGAGCAAGGCUCAGAUUAUAUCAACGCAAGCUUCAUUGACGGCUUCAAUGAGUCCCGGAAGUAUAUUGCUGCCCAAGGCCCAAAGGAAGAAACGUCUGAUGAUUUCUGGAAAAUGGUGUGGGAACAGAAAGCAACAAUUAUUGUCAUGGUAACUCGCUGUGAGGAAGGGAAGCGGCCCAAAUGUACUCAGUAUUGGCCUAACAUGGAUGAUGAGAUCAAGACCUUCCGUGACCUCACCGUAAGAAUUAGUGAGGAGAAGUGGUGCCCAGACUAUGUAAUUCGCAAACUCUUCAUUUCACAUAAAGAAAAAUCGCCCGAGCGGGAAGUAACACACAUUCAGUUCAUUAGGUGGCCAGAUCAUGGUGUUCCAGAAGAUCCACACCUCCUUCUUAAAUUGCGUCAGAGAGUGAAUGCAUUCAGAAACCUAUUCAGUGGUCCAAUUGUUGUGCACUGCAGUGCUGGGGUGGGUCGCACAGGUAGCUACAUUGGAAUUGAUGCCAUGAUGCAAGGCCUGGAGACUGAAGGGCGAGUGGAUAUCUAUGGUUACAUUGUUCAACUUCGUCGACAACGCUGCCUUAUGGUGCAGGUUGAGGCACAGUACAUUCUGAUCCACCAAGCUUUGCUGGAGUACUACCUCUACGGUGAAACUGAGAUCAGCCUGCCCGAACUACCCAAGCACCUCAAUAACUUUAAAAAGCAUGACCCACCAACUGACCCAUCCCUAUUGGAAACUGAAUUCCAGAGGAUCCCACCUUAUACAGAUUGGAGACCACAGAGCACUGGAAGACGGGCAGAAAAUCAAAGUAAAAAUAGAUCUCCUUCAGUGAUCCCAUAUGACUACAACAGAGUAACUAUCAGACUAGAAGAAGAGACAAGCAGAGAUGAAGACAAUCACAGUGACUCAGAUGUUUCCUCUGAUGAGAGUGAAGAUGAAGAAUCCACCAAGUAUAUCAAUGCUUCAUUCAUUGAUGGAUAUUGGCAUUCUGAAACAUUAAUUGCCACUCAGUCUCCACUACCUGAAACCAUUGGUGACUUUUGGUUGAUGGUGUAUCAAAGAAAGGCGAAGAUCAUCGCAAUGCUGGGCAAAAUAAAAGAUGACAAGGAUUGUUCACAAUAUUGGGAAGAUGGGACAAAAACCUAUGAUGACGUUGAAGUGAAGUUAAGUGAAAGUACUAAGGAAUCAGCAUAUACAAUGCACGUCUUUGAGAUAAGACAUACAAAGAGAAAAGAGACCCGGACAGUGUACCAGUAUCAAUUUCACAGUUGGGCUGAAUCUGAGCUUCCUGAAGAUCCCAAUAAUUUAGUCAUCAUGAUCAAGAGCAUCAAAGAGAAACUGUCAACAUUCAAAGAAGCUGACCAUCCAGACCCACCUCUGAUUGUGCACUGCAGUGACGGAGCCAAGCAAACAGGUGUAUUCUAUGCUCUGUGGAACCUCCUUGACAGUGCAGAUACUGAAAAUUUAAUAGAUGUUCUCCAAACAGUCAAAGCAUUGCGCAAGCAACGGCCAGGAAUACUUUUAAGCUUUAAGCAGUACCAGUUUCUCUAUGACAUUAUUGCCAGCACUUACCCAGUGCAGAAUGGGACAUUAAUACCUGACAAUGGUCCAGCACAGACAACUGUGGAGGUGAUCUCUGAAACCAUUCCAGAAAAUGGAUCCCAACAAAGUACAGCUUCUGACUCUACUAAGAAUAAAGAAGAGACGUCUGCAGGAGACGAUGAAGCAAAGUCUGGCAGUAGCAAUGACAAACAACUAGUGGAAAUCCCUAUUAAUGGACCUGUAACAAGUGGCGAAAUUGAGUGAAGAGAAGUUGCUAUGCAUGGUGCAUAGGUACUAACCAAUCACUAUUUGUGUUUGAGAGGGAAAAUCAGAAAUGUCACAAUUAGUUUUAUUUUUAUAUGUACAAAGCUUGGUUUAUCACUGGAUGCUUUCCAAAAAGGUUCGCCUGUAUACAGACCUGUUCAAGAAUGACAAUCUACUUGAACAUAAGUAUGAAUGUAUCUCAAUAAAAGGAAUCGUUUCCUCAUGUAAACUUCAACUAAAAUGUUUCUGAUCCUUUGUAAUUCCAAAUGAAGGCACAGAAACCUUUUUUUUAAAAAGAAAAAAACCCAGAACUUUUUAUAUAAAUGUAUUUUAUCAGGUGUGUGGAAAAGCUAAAUGCCAAAUCUGCUUCAGUAUGUUUUAUUUCAAUAGUGUUCAUUUUAAAAUGUAAAAAAAAAUGCUCUAACGUGAAUAUGAAGGAAUUUGGCAGGUUUACGUGUUGCAAUUUCUGGCAUUUAUAAUGCAGCAAUUUUUCACUGGUUUUUGCAAAUUAUUUUUAUAGUUGUUUUUCAAAGUUAAAGCUGUGCAGUUGAUCUGCUUAAGAUAUCAAGGUAUAUUUAACUAUUUGAACUUAAAUUUACAAUGGAAUGAAAUAUUAUUAAGGUGGACCAAAUUGAUUUCUGUUGUACCAAGGUCAGAAAAUACAGUGGAAAGUCAGAAGAUAAAGUUUGCUAUUUUCUUUUGUGUGACCAAGUGACAGAAGUGUUCUGUUAUGUAAGACAGAGCAUGACUUCAUAAACGUAGUCAGUAUUAGAAAAGGAAUGACUUCAGACAAGGGAGCACCACUGUGGGUUUGCUGGAGAAUAAUCAAGCCUCACUUCAGUAGAACGGGACCCCAUAAAAAGGAUCAGUGAUGAUGUUGUGAGAAGGCUUCAUGGCAUUUUCAUCAUACUAAUUUGCUGCAAUUUGGCCCAAGGUGCUAAAGAUCUCUGAAUCCACUUACAAUCAGCAUUUCCAACAAAUGAAGGCUGCAAGAUCAUAGAAUUCCUACAGUGUGGUAGCAGGCCAUUUGGCCCAUCGAGUCCACACUGACCCUCCUAAAAGCAUCCCAUCCAGAUCCACCCCGCAACCUGUAACCCUGCAUUUCCAUGGCUAAUCCACCUAGCUUGGGUAAUUUAGCAUGGGCACUCCAACUAAUCCACGCAUCUUUGAACUGUGGGAGGAAACCAGAGCGCCUGGAGGUAGAACGUGCAAAUUCCACACAGACGGCUGCACAAGGCUGAAAUGAAAGCCGGGGGCCUGGCACUGUGAGCCACUGUGCCGCCCUCACAUGAUCACAAUAUGAUGUUCAAUUUUAUGCUUAAAGCUGAUUCUAAGAUUGGAUAGAAACAGCUUGUAGCCAAGAAUCAGUUAAUUUGUUGUUGCAAAUGGAAAAUCUGGAAUGAGCAGCCAACAGAUUUCUUUGUCACUUGUCGGCUGGGUAGUAUUUUCCAGCUUUUUGUCAUGAGUAUAAGAACAUGUGAAUACCCUACUUUCUUGGUCUUUGGUCCGUGGAUGUUGAUCAAGCUGCUUUCUAUACUCCUUUUUAAAAAUAAGUUUUCUGGAAUUGUGCUGUGCAUAAAGUAUUGCUAAAUGAAGAAGAUAUUUCAAUUCUCAAUGGGGCUGUGAGGAGUUAGCGCCAUGACUCAUUUCAAUCUGCUUCAAGUAAAACCAGCAACUGCAGGAUGUACAGUAUUUUUUUUUUCCUAAGUUGUGACAAGGUUAUUGUGUCAAUAGUUGAAAAAAUAUGUUGCUUGAAACUGUAGAAUAUUGCCAGGAAUUUGUUUGGUCUGACAGGUUCAAAUUGGAUAUAGUAUGUUUUACACAAGCGCUUGCUAUUUUCAGUAUCUUUUUUAAAAGAACAGCUUAAAAUGUUUCUAAUAUGUUCAAAAAUACAACUUGUAAAGGUAAUAAAAUUAAACGUUUUGUACUAAUAGUGUUUUUGAAUAAACAAAAAGAAAGUAAUUAAUAAAGCAUGAAUUUAUUAAUA